AUGGAACAGUUCCCUCAAGAACCUAGUUAUAUAGACGCUCUUGAAGCUCUUUCGCCUGUUUUUUAUGCUUAUGGAAGGGGCUACAACUUUGGCGAGCAGGGACUUUAUUAUGAUAUCAAGCGUAACCCUGUCAAUCACUUUAAGGCCGUCUAUCAACUUUCUCGUCUCUUUGAACAUCGUCGUUUGCCCGUCUUCACAAGAUUCUCUGCCAAAACAUCUUGGGAAUUCCAUGGUCUAAUGUGCUAUAAUAUCAAGUCUAAACGCCAAGUAACACCGUCCAGAAAUGGAGCGAACGGAGAGCUUCAAAAAGAUUCAAAGUUUAAGCCGGAUUUCGUGGCCUAUUCCAUAUCGAUUAAUGUGAAGCGUGUCCUGGUGCUUGACGAGUUCAAAAAACCCCCCAAUUACUCGGCAAGCAAAUGCGAACAAUCUACAAUGAACUUGUUAUGUACCGAGCUCCAAAUCUCGUUGCCUGUGGCAUCAUUUGUCAAAGAGAUGACCUAUUCACCUACUACAUGGAUAUAA